AUGAAAGGCAGCAAAAAGGGAGCCAAGAAGAAAGUGGUUGAUCCAUUUUCUAAGAAAGAUUGGUAUAAUAUGAAAGCACCAGAUACGUUCAAUAUAAGAAAUAUUAGGAAAACACGAGUUACCAGAACACAUGGAACCAAAAUCGCAUCUGAUGUCCUCAAGGGUCAUGUUUUUAAAGUGAGCCUUGCUGAUCUGCAGAAUAAGGAAGUUGUAUUUAGAAAAUUGAAGCUAAUUACUGAGGAUAAAAAGAUGACAAAAAUCAUGACCCAAAAAGUGGAGACAAAUGACUUGAAAGAAUUGGUCAAUAAAUUGAUUCUAGACAGCAUCAGAAAAGACAUUGUAAAGAGUCGUCACUUUAUUUAUCCACCCCAUGAUAUCUUUGUGAGAAAAGUAAAAAUGCUGAAGACGACCAAGUCUGAAUUGGGAAAGCUCAUGGAACUUCACAGUGAAGGUAGUAGUUCUGGAAACACUACUGGGGAUGAGAACGGUGCUCACGUUGAAUGA